CGCCUGCCCCUGGGGGCCGGGGCCCGACUUCCGGCGCUCGGGACUGUCACCCGGCUGCCUGGCGUCAGGCCACUGCGGCUCUCCGGGUGGUGCACCAGAGGCUGGGCCGGCUGUCCCGGAGCCUCUGGGUCCCGAGACGAGAAAGCGAGGAAGGUCCUGGAGGAAGACCUGCCUGGUGCCGCCUGCGCACCGCCGCUGCCGCUGCCCGACUCCCCAGCCUCGGUUUCCCGGAGCGCGUGGGCGGUGCCGGAGCUCCGCGCUCCUCGGCCCUCGCCGCAGCGCUGCGGCGGCUUCCCGGGCGCCACCUGCCCUGGGCCGACCGCGAGACCGGGGCCCGGGCAGGCUGCGCGAGGCGGCGGGCAGUUGGCGGGGCCUUGUCGUGCACCCUUUCUGCCCCUUCUCGGCUGCAGACUCCGAUGGCGGCGGCAGGGGGGCUGGCAGACCCGGCGCCGGGCCUGAUUGCCUUUGAGGACAUAGCUGUGUAUUUCUCUCGGGAAGAGUGGAUGCUACUGGAUACAGCCCAGAGGGCUCUGUACCGCCACGUGAUGCUGGGGAACUUCGCACUUGUGGCCUCACUGGGACUCUCUGCCUCCCGACCUCGUGUGGUCAUCCAGCUGGAGCAUGGUGAGGAGCCUUGGGUUCCCAGUGGGACAGAUACAGCCCUGGGCAGGAAUGCCCACAGAAAGUCCAGCCUUGGUUCCUGCUGUCUGGCAGAGGACAGAGAUGUUUCUGGAGAACCGACACUGCCAGGGGCCUUCCUGCAUAGCUCCCCUGAGACACCUACUAGUCCAAGCCUGGUGGGAAAACGGGGUGCCUUCUCAUCUGGAGAGAGAAAACCUUCAGGUGUGUCAGUGAUCUACUGGGAGAGGCUCCUGCUAGGCUCAGGCAGUGGUAAAGCCAGCAUCAGCCUGCGACUGACCUCCCCACUGAGGGCUUCUGAGAGUGGCCAGUCUAGAGAGAAAGUCCUUACAGACUGCCCCGCUCCAGGGAAGUUGCCACAGAUGGCGGAGCUGCAGAAGCCACAUGUGCAGCCAGCUCACCCCAGAGCCUUCCCAAGCGAUCCAGACCUCAGAACCAUCUGCAGUGGGGGAGAACGGGGAAUGGACACAAACUGGCAUGAGCCUCAGAGACUCAUGGGUACCCAAGAGGCCCCAACCUGGAAAGAGCUGGGCGAGGCCCUCCAUGCUGCUCCCGGUCUGCUCCCUGGGGAGAAGCCCUUUGAAUGCAGGGCAUGCAGCAAAGUGUUUGUGAAGAGCUCAGACCUCCUCAAGCACCUGCGCACCCACACUGGUGAGCGUCCUUACGAGUGUGCACAGUGUGGCAAGGCCUUCAGCCAGACCUCACACUUGACACAGCACCAGCGCAUCCACAGUGGCGAGACGCCUUACGCAUGCCCGGCCUGCGGCAAAGCCUUUCGGCACAGCUCCUCACUGGUGCGGCACCAACGUAUCCACACAGCAGAGAAGUCCUUCCGCUGCAGCGAGUGUGGCAAGGCCUUCAGCCACGGCUCCAACCUCAGCCAGCAUCGCAAGAUCCACGCAGGCGGGAGGCCCUACGCCUGUGCCCAGUGUGGCCGCCGCUUCUGCCGCAACUCGCACCUGAUCCAGCAUGAGCGCACACACACGGGUGAGAAGCCCUACGCCUGUGCACUCUGUGGUGCCGCCUUCAGCCAGGGCUCUUCACUCUUUAAGCACCAGAGGGUGCACACGGGUGAGAAACCUUUCGCCUGCGCGCAGUGUGGCCGUGCCUUCAGCCAUAGCUCCAAUCUCACACAGCAUCAGCUGCUCCACACAGGUGAGCGGCCCUUCCGUUGUGGGGACUGUGGCAAGGCCUUUGCCAAGGGAGCAGUGCUGCUUAGCCACCGGCGCAUCCACACAGGAGAGAAGCCCUUUGUGUGCACACAAUGCGGCCGCGCUUUCCGCGAGCGCCCAGCCCUCUUCCACCACCAGAGGAUCCAUACUGGUGAGAAGGCCUUGAGGCGACCCAGGGCCGGGAUGCGUGCCCAGGCCAGGUCUCCUUCGGAGAGCUCGUCAGAAGGUGUACAUGGGAAGGAAGCCAAAGCCUCUCCUUCCUCAGGUUCACCCACGGCCCUAACGUCUGCCGAGUCCUAAGGGCACACCUCUACCCUUCCCCAACCUUCUGUGAAUCCCUUUCACAGCUAAAGGCCUGUGUCCACUGCAGGUCCACAAGGGGGAGAAGCCCUAUGCGUGCUAACCAGGCACAAGGAAGAUUCUUUGGCGUGCUUCCAUUUGUACACAGUGACAAGAUUUGCCAGUUCAGCUUUGGGAUACACCUGUGUCCUCAACGAGGUCGUAUGCAGAGAUACCAGGAGGAAGGACCUGGUGCCAAAAAAGGCAUUCCUGCCUGGUGAUGCCUUUUCACUGUCUCAUGACUAACGCUACGGUGAGGGGAGAAGUGCAGGCCUGAAGAAGUCUUCACAGAAACUGGCAGCUGGCGACACCUCCCUCUCCCACCCCCCGUGCCCAGGCCUCAGUUCAUCCAGAGCUGCUUUGGAUCUGACCCAGCAAAUAGGAGGCUACAGAGGAAUGACAGUCAGGAUGUAGGACUUGGGCAAGUGGUUGGGCUCUCAGCCUCAACUACCUUCUCUGGGAAAAAGAGGAAAAAAUUUGGGCCCAUCCCAUAGAGGGUGCUCUUCAGGUGGGUACCUGUGGGGAAAUUCCUCUUGUCAGCCCUAUGAACCCUGUGCUAGUUUGCUCACUUUAAAGAUGAGUAAAUUGAGACACAGAGAGGAAAAGCGAGUUGCCCAGGACAGAGCUGAUACUAGAAGCCGGGGGAUUGGCUCAGUUUCACAUACCUCAGCUCCCAGGCCUCAACGUAGUCAGCCAGGCCUGAGGGUCUGACCUGGCCACACAGCUGACUCACAGGCAGUGCAGCCCUGAGGGAGGGGAUGUGGCUGUCAGCAUUGGAAACUGGCUUCCCAGCAGCACUCAUUCACAUUCCCAUCUUCGUUCUGUCACGAGCUCCUGUUACCAAAGUCAAUGUUAUGAGGAUUUUUUUUUUUUUUAAAUGAGGAAUCUUUACAUCCAAAGCACUGAUGAGAACUGCAGAGGAAACAAGACAGGGUUGCUCAUUUUUGUUGGGUUUGGUGGCUACAUGACCUGUUCUACCUUGGUUGGAAAGUGGACAAACAGCUGAACAAGAAGGCCUUGUCAUUACUUAAGCCUAUGUAAUGUUCAGCCUUCUUCUGAAGCCACUUCCCCAGUAUAAUGCCCCUUAAUGCUGAGGACAGAUGGAUGGAGUGGGGCCAUUUGAUUCCUAUAUGGUUAAGCAGACCAGGCCCUCUCCUGAUCUGGGGCUUCACUGCCAGGGUAGGCAGCGGUCUUUUUAACCCAGAGGAGAAAGGGGGGGGGGGACCCAAAACGAUAGCAUUUACAACUUGAAAUGGAUGUAAGUUAUAAUUUUGUGUACAGGCAUGUGGAAGUCCAUGGCCUCAGCCUCUUCUCUUGGCUCCAGGGGUGUUCAGAUGUCUCCCUAGUAAAGGUUUCUUUUUAAA